GGUUGGUUUGGGCUACGAGUCAAGAACGCGCAUUCCGUUCCAGGUUGAUAAAUUUCUGUCUGUCCCGUUCACUUCUGUACAGUUUUCUACAUCAGGAAUCCUGUAGCACGAUGGAGAUGAUUGUAAGGGCGCUUAUAAUACUCACUUUCUCUUGUCUGAUUGAAGCCAAGCAGAAAGACUUUUACACGUUUAAGCUCGUGAACAGUAGAGGGAGAUUAGUCUCUCUGGAAAAAUACAGAGGGUCGGUCUCAUUGGUUGUGAAUGUGGCCAGUGAGUGUGGAUUCACCGAUGAACACUACAGAGAUCUCCAACAGCUGCAAAAAGACUUCGGGCCUUUCCAUUUCAACGUGCUGGCUUUCCCCUGCAACCAGUUCGGCCAGCAGGAGCCCGGCAGCGAUAAAGAGAUCGACAGUUAUGUGCGGCGAGUCUACGGGGUUUCCUUUCCAUUGUUCAGCAAGAUCGCUGUGACCGGUACAGGGGCCAAUAAUGCUUACAAAUAUCUCGUGGAUGCAUCAGGAAAAGAGCCAACCUGGAACUUUUGGAAAUACCUCAUCGACACAGAUGGUAAAGUGGUGGAUGCAUGGGGUCAUGACGUCUCCGUGAAGGAAAUCCGCCCCCGCAUAGCGGAUAUGGUUCGGAUGCUUAUCAUCAAGAGAAAGGAGGAGCUGUAGUGUUUUAUUCAUUUCCGAGAAACUCUGAAAUCUGUCAACGCUCAGACCUCAGAAAUCGAUGUCUUUGAAAAAACAAAUGAUAAUUCAAGUCUGUUUAAAGCACAAAUUGUGAGAUAAGUUUGGGGCAAGCUAUUCAAUGAUUAGAGACUGUCGGAGGGAUUUCUUGGGCGUGUUGGGUGAUUUAUGAAAAAAAAGAAGCACUGAGGAACUCCGCAAUAAAAGAUCACUUUUUAGGACCACUUUAGGACCACACAACUUAUUGAACAACAAAAUAUGAGAGCAACCAAACUACUUAUAUUUGUCUUUUAUUUGUAUUUUUUGUGGCCCAGGUGCAAUCCGUUUGCCCUUUUUUUACAUGUAAAUCAUAAAUUUGAUCAUUGCAAGAUGCACAACGUGAGUUCUAAUCUGCACAAAAUUGAGAAACAAAACCUAUUGUGUCUUUUUAAGGCUUAGCUGUACGGUAGAUACUUAUGCACACUUGAAGCAGAACAUUUGCUAAGGACUUAAUCAAGGACAGGUUCAAAUCUUUUUAUCCCUCUUGCACAGAGGUUUUAAGGAACGAACAUCUUUAAACAUUGCCGUAUUGCAAGAAUGUGCCAAAUAAAGAAAAAUGUUUUAUAGAAAUCUGUGUGUUUUUAAUUAAACUAUGCGUUACUUAGAUUUAAGUUAUUAAAAGGGAAUUUUUAUCCUCUUUGAUACAAUGAUGAUGAAAAAUACAGCAAAUCAAUGUAGAAGGCCACAGA